AGUAGAAGAAGGAGUAGUAGAAGAAGAAGAAGAAGAACAACAACAGCAGCAGCAGCAGCUACAUGCCUCACCAACACUUUUGAGCUUGAGAGUCAAAUAAAUGUGCCAAUAAUAUAUAUUUAAUCUCGCAGCUAUGGACAUAGCGGUGUACCUGAUUGCUGCUGCUAUCCUCAUUGUGCUGAUAGUGUUUGCGCUGAAGGUGCGAGGGAGCACACAGGAAGCUGAUGAGGAACAGCAGAGGGAUGUGGUCCGGGCAGCGGGGCCCCGUCAGCGGGCCCCCGAGGAGCGAGGGGCCGGUAUGCCUCGCAGAAGGAGGAACCUCGCCGCGUCGAUGGCCAACAGACGACCACAGAGAGAAGAUGUAGAAAAUGAGGAGGAACUUGUGGAGGAAGAAGAGGAAGAAGAGCAGCAGAACCUUGGGUCCACCGCCAAAGUUGGAGCCAAGAAGCAGAAGAAGCUGGAGGAGAAGCAGGCCAAGAAGGCCCAGAGAGAGAUGGAGCUGGAAGAGAGGGAGGAGAGGAAGAAGAUGCAGGAUCUCAGAGAGCAGGAGAGGCGUCAGGAGGACGAGAAAGAGCGCCAGAUGGAGCACAAACAGGAGGAAGAGGAGCAGCGGGCUAAAGAGGAGCAGGACAAACGGGAGGAGGAGGAGUACUUAAAGCUCAAAGCCUCCUUCACCGUGGAGGAGCAGGGGGAGGAGGAGCAGCUCUCUGAAGACCAGUCUCGAAAUCUGCUGCAAGAAUUCAUCCAGCACAUCGAGAGCUCCAAGGUGGUUCUCCUGGAGGACCUGGCCUCUCAUUUUGGGAUGAGGACGCAGGACGCCAUCUGCAGACUGCAGGACCUGCUGGCUCAGGGCUCCCUGACAGGAGUGAUAGAUGACCGAGGGAAGUUCAUCUCCAUCACUCCAGACGAGCUGGACUCAGUGGCUCAGUUCAUGAAAAAGAGAGGCAGAGUGUCCAUCACAGAGCUCGCUCAGGCCAGCAACUCGCUCAUCAACCUGACGCCUGAGAGCCGCAGCAGCGCCUGAGGGCCACAGCAGGGCCUCAUAAUGCUUCAGGAAAUCUGGACCAGUCUUCAUGAGGAGGCUGGAGAAUACUCAUCAUAUUAGACUGUUCCUCAGGUACAGGCUUUGUCAUCUGUUUUACUGUGUGGUGACAUCACUGCUCAGCAGCCUUAACACACCAGUACGUGUCAGUCUGCAUAUAGACUAGGACUGGUUUGAGCCACCCAAAAAUGAACAUACACACAAUAAAGAAACCAAUAUAAACUGA